UUAGCGAGAACCAUUUUUGUUUUUCUUUUCUUUUUUUUUCCCUUUUUUGAUCAAGCGCUAACUUAUAACUAUUUAUAACCAUGCAUACUGGAAACUGAAUGUGUUUGAGAUUUGGUUUCGAAUGAGAUUUUCUACUUUCAUUCAGCUGAAAGUUUCUCUCAAAUAAUUCGCUCUUCAGUGUCAGGUUAGCACUUGGCUGGGAAAGCACACUUCUACUCGAUUGAGAUUUUACGGUUCUCUAACUUAUAGAAUUCUCCAUACUAUUUGCAGGAGUUCAUAUUAUUUUGUGUUACUCGGCUUAUUUGGAAGUUCAGACUUAGCUUCAGUUCAUAGGAUACCGUAUCAUCAAUAAGCUUGAGUUAUGGCGGACUCCAAUGAUGACUCAACAGUCAUAAGUGUUCGGAAUGUAGAGGGGGAAUCUGGUAAAGACGAUGGAGCAAGUUCAAGAUGGCCAACACUAGAGGAGAUUCUUAGUACACAUGAGGAGCCAGCAAUAUUCCUUCCAAAUUGGGAUAGAGUAUUUACGAUAUCAUGUGCAUUUGCCGUCUUCCUCGAUCCUUUUUACCCUUACAUUUUUAACAUAACUGAGGAUUGGACGUGCUACUAUUGGGACGAAAAGUUGAUGUGGGCAUUUAUUGGUUUGCGAUCAGCCGCAGAUCUCUUUUAUUAUGCGGACAUUGUUUGGUUCUAUAUCCGUCUGCGAAUUAGUCCGGAAGCAAUAGGACCUUGGAUAAGAGACCUCCGUAUAAGAGAGCUCCAUAAGCUGCUACCCCUUCUGCCUCGUAUUUUUGUUGCACUUCCCUUUCCACAGGUAGUAUUACUUACUGGAAAAUAUACAAGCUUUGAUAAUUUUGUUUUUCUAAUAUUCUUUGCUCCGGCCCAAUAUACUCUACGGGUUUAUCGUGGAUACGGACUUUUUAAGCGGGCUCCUAACACAGAAACUGGAAUAGGAAGAUGGCUUAGAGCUAUAUUGGGUUUUCUUCCCUUCAUCCUUGCUGCUCAUCUAUACGGAGCAUUGUGGUACCAUCUCUCUCUUCAACGAGAGUUAGAUUGUUGGUUCUAUGCCUGUCUAGAUGCAACGGUGGGAUGUGAUCUCUCUCAAACAUUUUAUUAUUUCUACUGUGGUACCGAAACUUACUUCGACAAUGUGCUUCUCAAUAUCACGCAUAUAAAGGCAUCAUGCCCUAUAAAUCCACCAAAUGCAACCAUAUUUGAUUUUGGUAUAUUUCUCUACGCUCUUCAGUGCAACCUUAAUUCACCAAAUCUUGGAAAAAAGUUUGUUCAAUGUUUUUGGUGGGGCUUACGAAAUCUGAGUUCUUUUGGUUCAAACCUCCAGACCAGUCUCUAUAUGCUAGAAACCUUUUUUACGGUUUUGGUAUCCAUAAGUGGCAUAGUGCUGUUUUUAAUAUAUCUCAAUUCAAGGGUACAGAUAUCGAAACAACGAUCAGAUCAACGUAAAUUGAGACAUAAAAUGCAUAUGAUGAAUCCAGAUAUAGAUUUAUGGUUGCAUAAAAACGGUCUUUCUGAUCAAAAAUUGAAGGAGGUGAUCAUGAAAAACUUACACCAGAAACUUGAAGAACACAAGGAAGUUGAUGUGGAGAAUAUACUCUCUCUUCUUCCCAUUAUACACCAAAGACGUAUCAUGUGCCGUCUCAGCUUGAAUUUAUUAAGGAACGUGGCAAUGCUUGAGAAUAUGGAUGAACAAGUCCUUAUAGCAAUUUGUGAGCGUCUGAAGCCUGUGAUCUAUACUGAAGAUGCCUAUAUCAUUCGUGAGGGGGAGCCCCUUGACAAGAUGCUCUUCAUCAUGCAAGGCACCGCAUGGAGCUACACAACUAGUUCUAAUUGCAACAUUUGCGGAAGUGCUAGUGGUUCCUCAAACAUUAAGUGCCUCGAGAGAGGUGAUUUCUAUGGAGAAGAACUUAUGAAUUGGGCUUCAAAACUUACUUCAUUAUCUGAGUUUCCCAUCUCAACCAGAUUUGUCAAGUGCCAGACAAAAGUUGAAGCCUUUGCUAUUAGGGCCAAGGACUUGAAGGGCGUUGUCACAAAAUUCUGGUGGCAUUUUAGCAAGGGGUUUGAGAGUUCUCAGUUGGAGCAAUUGGAGAGUUUGGCAAUUUCUUCCUUACGAGCAAUCCGGUGCCGCCGUCAUGCAAGGGCCAGGGCCAGAACUGGUUGAAACUACUCGAUAAGAUUAUAUCCUUCUUCUUAUAUCUCUUUCUUUGUUUGGAAAGUACAACAACUUCUUUUUAUUUGGGUUACUUGUAUAGAGUUUGUUAAGUUUAAUCCUUUAUUUGGUGUUGCUUGUUUAUUUUUAUUUUUUUAAUCAAGAAGAAAGAACUUCAUUAAA